AGUUCGAUAUUAAUAUAAAUGAACGAAAAUAAAAAAAAUAUAUAAAAAAAAAUUGAAUACAGUUCACACUCCAGUUCUCAUCAGUAUUUCUUGACAAUGCCGGUAAAGUUGGUUGAGCCUAGGAAGCUCCGCCUCCUUCCUUCGAUGCGUUCAAGGAAACCACUCUCUUUUUUUUAACAACAAAUACUCUAACACCCAUUUCAUCAAACAUUUUCUCUGCCUCCUCCCCCUCUCUCUCUCCCCAAUUCUCUCGCGCUAAAACCAUGUCUCAUUCCCACCUCCUCCACACUUCUUUCGUCCCCACCGCUCCUCCCUCCCUCCGCCGCCGUCUCGGCGGCGCAGCCUAUCUCCCCCGAAAGCCCCAUCUGAUUCAAUCCAAGAUCCGGGAAAUCUUCAUGCCGGCACUCAGUUCCACGAUGACGGAGGGGAAAAUCGUUUCCUGGGUCAAAUCGGAGGGGGAUAAGCUGGCCAAGGGCGAAUCAGUCGUGGUGGUCGAGUCCGACAAGGCAGAUAUGGAUGUGGAGUCGUUUUACGAUGGGUACUUGGCCGCCAUUAUCGUCGACGAGGGUCUUUCAGCUGCGGUUGGAUCCACCAUCGCUUUACUCGCCGAGACUGAGGAAGAAAUCGCCCUCGCCCAAUCGAAGAAAUCAUCUUCUCCCACUUCCGCUCCCGUAUCCGCCGCAAGCAAUGACGCCCCGAAGGUGGUCGACGAAAUGCCGAGCCCAGUUCCUUCUGCUGCGCCUGCUGUGGCUAGUGCCAGCAGCAAUGCGGGCGCAGUGGGGUCGGCUGUGCACCCGGCGUCUGAAGGGGGGAAGAGAGUGGUGGCUUCGCCUUACGCGAAGAAGCUGGCGAAGGAUUUGGGGGUGGAUUUGAAGGGAAUUGUUGGGAGCGGGCCAAAUGGGAGGGUGGUGGCUAAGGAUGUGGAGGCUGCUUUGGCUGCUGUGAAUCUGGGCGCUGCCACCACCACGGCUGCAGCGGCGGCUGCUAAGCCGAGUAGCGUGGAGUUGGGCUCCGUGGUGCCAUUCACGACGAUGCAGAGUGCUGUGAGUAGGAACAUGGUUGAGAGCUUGGCCGUGCCAACAUUCAGAGUGGGGUAUACUUUCACAACAGAUGCUCUUGAUGCUUUAUACAAGAAGAUCAAGUCUAAAGGAGUGACUAUGACAGCAUUGCUGGCCAAGGCUACGGCGCUUGCUCUGGUCCAACAUCCCGUUGUGAAUUCCAGCUGCAGAGACGGCAAGAGUUUUACAUAUAACAGUCAUAUCAAUGUUGCAGUAGCAGUAGCCAUAGAUGGUGGUUUGAUCACACCAGUACUUCAAGAUGCUGACAAGAUUGAUAUCUAUUCAUUGUCGAGAAAGUGGAAGGAGUUGGUUGAUAAGGCACGAGCGAAGCAGCUCCAGCCUCAAGAAUAUAAUUCGGGCACUUUCACACUGUCUAACCUUGGAAUGUUUGGCGUGGAUCGCUUUGAUGCCAUAUUGCCACCGGGAACUGGUGCGAUCAUGGCUGUGGGAGCUUCUGAACCGACUCUUGUUGGUACAAAGGAUGGCCGGAUUGGACUGAAAACUCAGAUGCAGGUAAAUGUAACAGCAGACCAUCGUGUGAUAUAUGGUGCUGACCUGGCGGCCUUCUUGCAAACCCUGGCCAAGAUAAUCGAGGAUCCUAAAGAUCUAACGCUUUAGAUUUGCCGUACCAUGGGAGAUUGAAGAUUUUGUUCUCGUAUCACCUUGUCUAGUUAAGCUCCGAGGAUGUAAGACGAAUCAAGAUGCUCAACGCACGGGUUUGAGGGCCUGUUAAUACAGAACGAAGGUGCCGUAUGCACGAGGUAGGGGCAUAUGCUUUUAUUUGUUAUGUCAAGUUGUAAACUGUUGCAUAGACUUAGUUUAUUCAGAGGUCUUUUACUCUUUUUAUUGCUUCUACUGUGACCGUCGAUUGUUCUGCUCUCGAGGCUAUGAGUUCUAAGUUGAGUUGACUGAUAGCCAAUUCUGUUGUUA